AUGGCACACCGUUUUUGGGAUAAUCUCUCACCUUCCGUUCCAUGGAGGCGGGGUUCACCAUUCCAGCAGCCAUAUCAUGUCUUCUCAGAAUCAGACCAGACUUGGCAUCCCGUAAAGCCUAGCUGGAGAUGGUCAGCCACAUCCGAUCCAAACAUAAGUUCUCUCACGGUUCUAUCUUGGAAUAUCGAUUUUAUGAGAAUCCUGCCAAAUGAGCGAAUGCGAGCAGCUUUGGACCAUUUGCGUCAACAUGUGUAUGGCAAUGUUGCCUCGGAAUAUGAGCCUGAUGCCGAUCCCAAAAUCAUCAUGUUGAAUGAAAUGACCAAAUCGGACCUCCAAAUUCUACAAUCUCAAGAUUGGAUACAGCAAGAUUUUCAUUUAACCGAUAUUUCCGCUGAGUACUGGGAGUCUGACGUAUAUGGAACUUGCAUGCUGGUUCCUAAAAGCAUGGCCAUCACUAAUGUUUUUCGGGUCCAUUACACACAAACGGACAUGAGCCGGGACGCCCUUUUCGUGGAAGUCUACCUACACGAGAAGAAGGUCCGUCUUUGCACGACGCACUUGGAAUCUUUGGUCGCAAGACCCCCUUUGAGGCCUCGCCAGCUAGCCGAAGCAGCGAGACACUUGCACAAUGCCGACGCCGGCAUUCUCGGGGGUGAUUUAAACGCUAUUGAGCCAUUUGAUAGAAAUCUUCACACCUUGAAUAAUCUGAAAGACGCCUACCUCGAGACUGGGCAGGAGGAAGGAUCUGAGGCGGGAAUGACUUGGGGACAUAUGGCAGCAACGUCAAGUAGGAACCGGCACGGCUUGACGCGUAUGGAUAAGAUUCUUUACUGUGGUGACGUUCAGCUGCAGGGUUUCGGGAGGUUUGGUAUGGAUGUGCAAGUUUCUGACGAAGACGACAGGCAGUUAUUGAUCGAAGAAGAGGGUCUUGAGGAAGGGUGGGCUACUGAUCAUCUUGGAGUUAAAGCCGAAUUUCUCCUAGUGUCUUAG